AUGCCUCAUUUGUUACUGUAUGGACCACCGGGCAUCGGCAAGACAUCGACGAUUCUUGCGGUAGCUAGAAAGCUUUUCGGGACGCAGAUGCACAAUAUGGUUUUGGAGCUCAACGCUUCAGAUGAACGUGGAAUUGAUGUGUUGAGGCAGCAGAUGCAGGACGUGUUUGAACAUUUACCUAUUCAAAAGAAAGGGGAUUCGAGAUUGUAUGUAUAUAUAUCGCAUGUGUUUGUUAUCCAGGUUGGAGAUUGUGUGUUAAUGCGGCCAUCUGAUUCUGAUAAGCCUCCAUACGUUGCUCGAGUUGAAAAGCUUAAAGCGGAUCAUAGAAACAGUGAUGAUCAAAAUGUUGAAGGAUUGAAAAUUGCAACAGGACAUGUGGCAGCAAAUACUAUAAGACUGUUAAUUUCUGGGUGCCAAGCUGGCGGGUUAAUUGGGGUAUCUGGUCAAAACAUUGGUCAACUAAGAAACUCCUCUGGUGCAACUUAA